AUGCAUUAUGGAAACUCGUUGCAUCUGAUUAGUGCAAAUCCAGAUGCCAAUAAUCAAAAUUGCGCAUCAAGAUGUUCAGGUGUUCUGAGCCAUAUAGGAUAUACCAUAGGACAAACAUAUAUGUUUGAUGUUUCAUCAGAAUCUACGGUUAAAUUUUGGGAUACAGGGCAUCGAACGCAAGUGAGGCAAAAUUUCGGAGCCGAAAUAACAGCUAUAUCGAAAUGUGAAUUCGCACUUCAGAUACGUGGUGUCAGACUUGCUGGAAUGGAGGUCCCAAGCAUAUGGGCUCAACAGUUGGAAAGCAAGCAGCUAUUAUUUGGUUUUGACAAUGGUGAAGUAACUUCAAUAUGUCCUUCGCAGGAUGAUCCAGUUUGGGCUGUAAACUUUAAACGAGCGGUUUUAUCUGUUUUUCAAACUAUUGAUGAAAUUGAGUCAGAAACCGAUAUAUCUGGAAAAUGUUUAACAAAACGCAGCAAGAAAAGAUCUGGGAACUCAGUGGUCAUCGAAAGCAUAAAAAAUGUAACAUCAUGUGAACGAGCAAAUACCAUCCAAAAACUUCGAUCCGUAUCCUAUCGACGAUCGGGAUUAGAAGCUGUCGAAUCGAUGCAAUCUACUCAGAAAUGUGUCAGGACAAUAUCGGAUUCUAUUCUUCAAGCGGCAGAAUGUUCAGAAAUCUAUGAAAUAAAAGAGCCAUUCGAUAACAGUAAAAGUUUGAUUUCUACUAAUACAAUGCAAAGGUUGCGAUAUACUGGCAAAAGAGGUAGUGCUGCAUUUCCCACACCUCAAGUGCAGAAAAAUCGCCGAACUCUUAUUUACGAAAAUACAAAUGACUUGCAACCGAUCAAAGGAAAUUUCGAGAUGAGCAGAUCAUUAAUCAGUUCGUUAUGUCAACCGGGAAUCACCGUUCCAGAAGCAGCGCAGAAAUUUUCUGAUUUGGUUAUCAAUCUGCGAUCAUUAACAUCUCGCGAAAUAGCGACAUUAGGGAGAACUGAUUGUGAAGCUUUUGUCGAUGCUACUGCAGCUUGCGCUACACCCGAAUGUGUUGGUUUCUUGACCAACUUGGUUCGAAGUAAUCAAGUUUCCAGUUCAAUAUUUUCGUCUUUAGCAUUUGUUCCAAAUCCGCAAAUCGAAACCAUUAAUCAUAUCGCAUCAAUUAUUCAAAUACUACCAACUAAAGAAUUGCUUGGAGUUUCAUCAGUAGUGCAGUCGUAUUGCUUGCAUAAUGCUAACUGCAUGUCGGAAGCAUCUGUUAAUCGAAUCAUCGAUACAAUAAUGAGAAAGUUCGAUGGAAGAUGCGGCACAGUGCAACAUGCAGAAAUUAAUGAAUUGAUCAUCGCACUGAAAUCAAUCGGAAAUAUAGGAUAUGAGCAAAUAUCGCUAUCAGCUUUAAGUAGAUGCAUUUCAACAGCGACCAAUUCUAUAGUGAAAAUUACGGCGAUUGAUGCAUUAAGACGAAAACCAUGUUCAGAUACUCGAAAUUCAAUUAUCGAGCAACUCUAUAACGAUCAAAAAGAAGAUGCAGAAAUUCGAAUAAGCGCAUUUCGCCAACUUAUGGAAUGUCCAGAGAAAUUCUUACAACAAAUUUGCCAUAAACUUGAAAAUGAAACUAGCAAUCAAGGAGAAUAUUGGCGCCCAUAUGGAUUCAUCGAUUAUUUUCAACCCAAAAGCAUAAAUAUUAUGGAGAUUGGAGCUCAUGCUCAAGGCUUAGAAGCAGUAGGUGAUGAGUUAUUCGGUACUGAUGGCUAUGUGACCAAUUCAAAUGGCUAUUUAUUCCGUAAACGAAAAUUUCCUCCAAAAUCAUCGCUAGUUGCACAACGUCAACAAAUUUUUAUCAAAAAUGAAGAUAUGAAUCUGGUUACCGGCGGACUAUACAUGAGGAUGUUUGGCGAUGAUUUGCAUUACUGUUCAUUUCAUGAUAAAAAUUUUCUCAGUAAUAUCAAAGAAAGCAUGAAUUUAGGAAAUAUUUUCAAGAAUGUGGCUAAUGAAAGAAGUCUUAAGUAUUCGAAAAACGCAAUACUGUUAGAUAUAGCUCGAGUAACACCAUCAUUGACGGGACUUCCACUUCGAUUCUCACUUCGAGCAGCAGCUUCUGUUAAAUUUGAUAAUAAGAUUAAAUUAAAUUUCGCUGAUCUCCUAAGAGUUAAAGCGAAUUUUGACACGAUGUUCGAUCUUCGACCAUCGACUUCAUUUUUUGUUGAAGCUUCUUUGACAUUGCAUGCUGAAAAUACGGCUGCAUCCGGUAUGCGAAUUUCAUCAGCCUUUCACGCGGCAACGAAUGUCAACGGUAAUAUGGAACUACAGAAUGGCAAAUUAUUUAAAUCAAAAAUUAAUUUGCCUGAUACUAAGCCAUUUGCUGUUCACAUUAGUGCCGGUGCAGCAAAAAUUGAUAAUGGUCGAUUCACUGAGAUUAUAGGUAGAGCUCCUGAAGUGAAUGAAAAAUGCACUCCACUGGAAUUCGGUAAAAUAACUGGUCUCAAGGGUUGUUUAAAGGUAGAAAAUCGUAAACCGGGCUUUGCAAGUAUAAUCAGUGUCGAAAAAGUCGAUCCGCUUCUCCAAAACUAUGAAAUGAUAAUUGGCCAGUCCAUCGAGCGUGAUGAAACUAAAUUUGUGAUCAGUUUUGAUACUCCUGGAUCAAGUAUUAAUCGCAAAAUUGAAGCAAAGUUGGCAUUUGUGCCUAGAAAAUCAAUCCAGUUGGGUUUGACUACACCUUUUAAAAAAUUUUUGGUAGAAGGAAUGCUCGAUUAUAAAGCAGAUACUACAGAUGCUGAUGUAAAGCUGAGUAUUGACGAUCAAAUUACUCAUCGAAUGAAAGGCAAUUUGAAGGAGAUAAAGCGAGCAGAUGGUGCGAAAUAUGAGUUGCAAGCAGGAGCAGUCGACAAGGGUCCAAACGCACCGAAGCUUGCAGCUACGAUCGAUUACAGCAUACCAAAAAGAUUCAUUGAUGUCGAUUUUAAUCUUAAUAAUGUCCUUACAAAACCUAUCAUUCUUAAAUCUCUGAUUAGUGCGAUGAAUAAUAAAUAUGAAGCGAAAUUAGAAUAUUCUGAAGUCUUUUCGAGCGGUAAAUUGGCCACUUCUAUUAUUCGUAGUGGGAUUUUCAAUUUUGAUUUUUCACUAAAUGGUGAAUAUGAAUUAGACCAAAGCAAGAAAAAAUACGAUAUAAUAAUUAAUGGAGAACAGAAAAUUCAAAAAGGUGAUAGGAAUUUCUUACUGAAACAAAUGGCUUCUGUAUCUUCGCGAUUAUUUCCAAAAAUUGAUUAUCAAUUAUCAUUGGGGCGUAAAGAUAAUGAUAUUGAGAAAACCAUCCUCAUGACAUAUGGCAGAGACACAUUUUCCUCGCAGUUGAAAUGUACAAAAAGUCCAAAUGAACUUUAUACCAUCAACCAUAAGCUAAAAUGUGAUCGUUUUGAUAUGGAUAAUAACAUGAACAUCGUUUAUCAGAACAGAUUUCCGCAACAAUUUAGAAUAGCAGUGAAUGUUGAUACCAAAAAGCUGAAAAAUUUAGCAGCUCUUGCCGAAUAUGAAAUGAAGGUUAAUCCAAAACUUGUCAUAACAGGACAUACAAGCUUGACUUAUCCAGGCAAAAAGAUUUCUGCAACUCAUACAAUGAAUGAAAUUGAAUCUGGUCAGUACAAAACGACAACGGUAUUAGAAUGGAGCGAUAGAUCAACGUUGACGAUCGAUUCAACUGCCAUAUUUCGCCCAAAGAAUAAUGAGUAUUCGAUCAAUGCCCUCGUUAAAGCUCCAUGGCUGAGAACACCAAUAAAUAUCAUCAAAAAAGUACAAGGAAAUUUCUUCCCAGAUUCUAUCGCUCGAUAUCUUAAAUUCGUCAAUACAGAUAAUAGAAAUGAUCGCGCGGAAAUAUUCUGGCAAGUACAACAUGGACGUAAAAUUAUAUAUGAAUUGUCCAUAAGGAAACAAGGCCAUUACGGUGGGCAGCAACGUUUUAAUCUCGAAGUGAAAAGCGAUCAGUUACAACCGAGGAUCCAUUAUGAAAUGAUUGGAGAUUUUCAUCCAAGCAAUGAUGAAUUAAAAAUCAAUGCUGUUGUAAAGAAGGAUGCACAGGAAUUAAUUAAGAGUACAUUAUCAUUUCCGACAAUGAAAAAGCAAUCACCUAAGUAUCAAGCAGUAAUGGAUUGGAAUUACCAGAAUGUAAAGAUCAAUUCUCUGCGACUUGAUGAUUUUAACAUGGAAUUUGUAAUCAAUACUGAUCAUCCAUUACCCAGAAAAAUGGCUAAAGGAAAAGCGAUCAUUAAUUACAAAUCUAAUGAGGUUUUGCUUGAAACUUGGUUCGAAUUAGAUGGAGAUCGAUAUCUAACGAAAGGAAAUUGGAGAAAGGAUAUAACUCCAGGGACUGAUGAUCGCCAUUACAUUUAUUUAUUGCAGAUUCUAUCGCCCAAAGCUGGGCUCACAUUCGACCAACAAAUCCGAAUUCAAGGACCGACAAAUUUGAAUAAAAUACAUACAUCAUUGAAAAUGGAUAUGGAUAAGACAUCCUAUACCGUUAAAAAUAGAAUUGAUCGAAGCAUUACCACUUUCGAUGUGGAAUCUGAAUUUAUCGGUGAUCGUCAUAACGCAUUACAUCGCCUAAAUUAUCUCUCGCAAGAUGGUGAAAGGACACUUAAGAAUCUAUUCAAACAUAAUAAUAAGGAAUUCAGUGGGCAAGUCAAAUCAAUUUAUAAAGAUCGUAUUAUUCAUUAUGAUGUCGAUAUUACUUCAAGUCAUCCAGCAUUGAAAGUUCUGAAAUCCGAAACAUCUUGCAAUAAAGAACAGGAACACUGGAAUUGUCGAGCAGAAUUUAAUUUGAAUGAUAGAUAUACUGGAAAUGCGUAUGAAUCCUUAGCACGGAUGAAAGCUCACAUUGGAUAUAAACUUUCAUUAAACCGGUUAUAUGACGGCGGUUUCGAGUUAAAUUACGAUUUCAGCCAGCCUAAUACAUAUAUUACAAAAAUACUUAUAAACCAUAUCGCUAAACAAUUCCAAUUUUUAAUGAAUGUGGUUGGAUCCUCAGGAACAAUUACAGUCGAAACACCAAAAGGUGUAACCAAAUAUAAAGGGAUCAAGUCUAUGCCGGGACUGAACAGUGGAUUUAAAAUUACGGCGGCCGAAGAAGGAAAUCCUCGAGGAAGAGUUGAAGUUGAUUUUGUUCCUGCUGAGCCGCAAAAAAUGUUUAGACUUCAGAUACUCGGCACCGAGCAGCCACUUGAAAUAGUACUCAAAGAUGAACUGAGUGAUAGAAAUAACGUGCAAACGACUACAGCUCAAGUUAUAUUUGAUCCGAUGAGGAAAAAAGAGGUUUACGGAGUGACUAAUGUACUUGAAAGUUCGGGCAAAUCGUUCAAAGGUAUGAAAACUACGAUACAACAUCCAAAAAGAGUAAUGUAUACCGAAAUUCUUCGACCCGCAUACAACAAAUAUCUCUUCCACUUCCAUCCAAACAAGAAUGGAAGAAGAAAACCCACAGUGGCCGAAUUUAGCUAUGAAAAACUGCCGAUGAGCUUCCUAUGGCAAGGUUCAUUUUCUGACGAAGCACUAAGUAGUCCGGUGCAUUUAAAGAUUGAUGCAAAAAGAUAUGGAAACGAUAUCAAUAAUUAUGGAUUCGACAUUAAAGGCGAAUUGGACUACAGUGGAGAGCCCGACAAGCUUUUUAAGACGUCGAUACAUGCUGAUCGCAGAGUUGUAAAUCCUGGAGCAAAUCAAACGGUUAAGUUCGAUUUUGAAAUGGAGCGAACACAUAUAGCCAGUAAUCUUCACUGCCGUCUAUUCGCAAAGUUUGAUCGUCGAGAAAUCAAUGGUAUAUUGGUGCCAGUUAGCUCGACACUUGGUGUUUCUUCGAAAAAUAAACAAGGAAUUCCAGUGGUAUAUAAAUUGGAAACAGAUUCGGAUGCCAAAAGCUAUUUAGAAAUGCGGACACAGCUGGGCCAAUCCAACAUGAAAGCCCGAAUCGAUCGAUCUGAAAAUGAUUUUCAGAUUGCUAUUUAUAAGGACAGCAACAAAGCAUCGCUAUUAGGUGAUAUACGAAUUAUGGAUAACGGAUUCCAAGUUGAGUUACGUGACGAAAAGUCGGAUGAAGUGAAAUUACAUGGAUCUGCACAAAUCAUUAACGACUAUAAUGGCUAUUUAGAACUAUGGCACAAUGAAAGAGGAAGAAAAAUAGUAGAUACCAAUUUCCGAGUAGAGAUCCAUGAGAACAAUAUGUUAACUGCUUCAAUAAGCUUACGUCCAGAUUUAGACACUGACUUCAUGGUAAAUUUUUUUGAUAAUUUGAAAAUCGUUUUUCAGUCGCUAAAUUCUCAUGUUAUCGAUUCACACAAACUUGUUAUCAAUGAUAUUUCAAGUCGAUUCAGUGGCUUAGGCCAAUCUUGGUUGCAUGAACAACGACUUAUGGCAUCGGAUUUUGGUAUAGAUGCUUCAAAACUAACUAAUGAAAUUGAAGAAAUUUUCGAAAUCGUACAUGAAGCAAUUCUAGUGACUAGUGAUCAAGCUAAACAGAUCGUUGAAGAACAACUAGAAGCAUUUUCAAAGGGUGAAAUAAUGGAACAACUCCGCCAGUUGAAACAAAAUUUCGAUUUGCCAAAAUAUAUAAUCGAACCACUUAAACCGCUAUCAAACUUUUUGGAUAUGCUCCAAGAUAUUGUAAAUAAAAUUCGAGUUCAGUCUUCUUCCGCAAUGCUAUACAUCAAGGAGAAUUUGAAGGUCGAUGAAUUCCUUGUGGAGCUAAGUGAAUAUAAAAAGAAAAUUACGGAAGCUGAUUAUGUCCAAGCGAUGUUGGAUAAAACUAAAGCGAUCAUGAAAAAAUAUCAAACAACUGGUGCAGAACAAGCCGUAAUUGAAUUUGAAAAAAAAUUACCAAAGUAUCGUAAAGGCAUAGCGAAAAUCUACGAGAAGGUUAGAGAUACAAUUUUGUCUAAGGCUAUGGCUAUAUAUUUUGCUAAGUUGACCGAAGUUGCUUUAAGACCAUUCACUCAAGGUUCAGUGGAUAGUGAUAAUUUACGAGAGAAAUGGUUCGAUAUCAUCAAUUAUCUCCGUCAACAAUCGUCCUAUUCGGAGGAUUUCUGGAAAAAAUACAUUCCCGUAGUGCGGAGAACGAGUCCUGCUGAGUACACUUUGGAAAUGUUGUUGCCAUUCCCAGGUUUAUCGUUGAGAGAUGCUAUUGAUAUUUUGAAUCCAUCUUAUUUGUCUGCCAAGAGUGCAGCACUUGUAGAACUAUUUGGAUCACCGAAGAUCAGAGCAGAUGAAUUUGGUCAGUCUUUGUUAAAUUCAAUAUAUUCAUUCAAAAUGGAAUCCAUAUAUCCGUCAAAAAUACUACCUCCUUACAAAAGUGUUGGUUAUAUAAUUGAUAACGAUAAAUUUAUAACAUUUGAUGGUCGCAUAUUUGCUUUCAACGCUCCUUGUGAAUAUGUAUUAGCUGUUGAUCUUGUCGAUCAUCAAGCUGAAUUCGUUGCAUCAUUUGAUGCUCAAGGUUUAAAUGUACUGAAAAUGGAAUUCCGUGAAUUACCUAUAUUCAUAUAUAGAGAUGGAAAAAUUGAGGCAGAUAGACGGCCAAUUUCUUUGCCAUGGCAGAGAGUUGAUAAAAUGGAUGGCGAAUCAUUAGUGUCGAUUAAAAAAGAAGGCGAUUGGAUAUUGCUAAAAACAUAUGAUGGACAUCAUGUGCAUUAUAAUGAAAAAUAUAAAGUUUGGGAAAUCGGUCUCUCUGGUCGAAUGCAUGCCAAAAUUGGUGGCUUGCUUGGGCUUAACGAUAACGAACCUGUUAAUGACCUUGAUUUCACCGAUGGUCGAUCGAAUAAUUUGGCAAGUGCUUUAGCGCAACACUGGUUAACAGCUGGAUCAUGUAAUAGGAAUCAAGCAAAUCUUGGAAGUGGAGAUAUUGAAGAAUGCGAAAAAUUGUUCAUUCAUUCAACUAGCCCAUUUGUGGAAUGUUUCUCGAAAGUCUAUUCGAGUCCUUUUGGAAGACUUUGCCCAACUUCUAUGCAUAAUGAUCAUUGUGUUGCAUCGGCUGCUUAUGCUCAAACUUGUCGAAAUGCUGGUGUCAAACUUUCGUUGCCAUCUGAAUGCGUAACCUGUGAGCCUGGAUUCAAAAAAGAUGAAGAAAAGAAGAUUAUGGGACCAGAUGUUGGGCACGACAUUGUAUUCGUUGUAGAAGAACGAACUUGCAUGGAUAGAUACAAAGAUAAAAUUGAAAGAGUCGUGCAUGUAGUUGCGCAAAAAUGGAGAAACGCUCAAUUCGGAUGGGUGGGUUUUGGUGGUGAAGGCUCAUUUCAUUCACCAUCUAUUCAUUACAUCGGAGGCUCUGCACUUAUGGGUGUUUCUGAACUGAUUCAACAGCUUCGACGUAAAUAUGAACCAGAAUCAGGCAUUGAACAGCCACAAACUUUUGCUAUGGAUGCGGUUCAUUAUGCUGUACAAAAUUUCCCAUUCAGGUCAAGAUCUGCAAAGUCAAUUAUACUUGUAAUAUGUAAAACUUGCGAUAGUAGGACAAUUUCCAAAUCUGAUUUACUUGAUGCAUUACUGAAACAGGCUUGUCAUGAAUUUUAUUCUAUAUUCUUUUUCUUUUCUUUUUCUAAAAGCUUCGAUGCAAAUGACUUAUUCGAUGAACGUGGUGGUAAUAUAGGUAAUCAGCCAAAACUAAUUUCAACUAUCGAUGACUGUUCAAUGGUUGCUCAAGAAGCCCACGGAACAUCCUUUAAUUUGAAACGUGGCUCUAGUAUAUCUCCAUUAUAUUAUUCACCAAGACAAGGAGAUUGUGUUCUUUGCCAAUGUGUGGAGGAUUCAUUCACCGUUCGCACUGUAUGUCAUCCAUGUCAACCAAUCGAAGCUGUACAAGUAAUGCCAUAA